GCGAAGAGGGACAAGCUUGAGCUGGGAAGGUGGAGCAAGGGGACCGUGAGCGCGGUCCAGCUCAUCCUUCUCAAGCCAGCCAAGUUUGGCUCUCUCUGGCAAGUCACAGGCAUGGCUGAUCCCUGGGGAAUGAGCUUCUUCCCCAGCCCAGAAGCCUUCUGGGCCUUCUGCUCCUUCCUGUGGCUGCUGCUGCUGGCGUUUGCCUGCUUCUCCAUGAUGCCGUGUGGCAAGCCGCAGGAAGGGAGGACGAGGAGGUGCUGUUACAGAAGGAACCAGGAGAAUCGCAGAGUUUGGACCCUCCACAACUCUUCAUGGCGUAAGAGGAAGCAGUAAGUGGAAUCGUCGCUGCUGGGGCGUGACAGCCCCCUCUAGUCAGCCCCCCACCAAAGGAGGUCCCACUAACGCUGCCCUUUGCCCCUUUGCAGAUGUCCCGAGCACGCAAAGAUGGAUGGAAUAGUUGAACUAGCCCAACUGUUCAACAGGACCCUUGAGGACCUCAACAGAUACAUGGAAAUGUGAAACCACUGAGGAGGGGAAGGGGAAGGGGAUGGGGAUGGGAACAGGGGCAGGGUUUGGGGGCAUGGAUGAGUGCAAUGGCUUGUGGGGGCACAGGGAAAUUUGCGGACUAAAAUCCGAGAAGCAAUGCCCUUGCAGAAGGAUUUACUGCCGAGGCACAGAGAUAGCAGUGUCCCCUCUCUUUCUGGGGCAAAUGGAGCUUCUGUGCCCAGCCAGCAGAGAGGGAGCCUUGGGCAAGGGACCAAGGGGCCCCUUGGGGGACCCCACAGAAAUGACACAGCCUGCCAGCUCCUUAGGGGCAGAGGGAGAGUCCCAGGGUGCUCAGGAGUGCUUGGCUCAGCAUUCCCAUCAUCUUCCUUCUCCUUCUCCUUCUCCUCCUCCUUCCCCUCCUCCUCCUCCUCCUCACAGGCUCAACCUGGAGUUGCCAGAGGACAGCAGUGAGUCUACCACUUCUGACACAGAGAGUGAAACCAGCUGCUCUUCAACGGUGUCUCUGGACUCUUGGAGCACCAUCUCCUGCACUACCAUCACGGAGAGCGAAUCCACACAGAUUUCAAGGGCAUCUACCCCCACUCCUCUGCAGAAAGAAGACUCACUUCAUGCUUCUGUGUUCCAGCCUGGCCUCAUGCAUCCCAAGGCUGGCCCAGGGGAGCAGCAUGACCAUGACACUUGCCAACCCUGCAGGAAAGAAGUGGUCAGAUGCCACAGGGCCAGCAGUGUGCACCAACACCAGCAACACGUCCAGGUCCAGCAGGCUGCUCCCACCCAUCCUCCAGAGGUGCCCAAAUUCCACUCCAUGGAAAUGAAGACAUCUUUGCCACAAAAGAAAUCCAAGGAGGCCUUAAACUACUUCACCUCACAUAAGAAAGAGGAGGAGAAACUGCGCCUGCCAGCUGAUGGGGACAAGCCUCCACAAAAUGAUCCAGCCUCUGCUUUGAAAGUAUCGAAGCAAGAAGAAGAGCCUAAUAUGAAGGCGGUUCCCAUGGUGUGGGACCUGACCUUCAUAGACAAGGCUGUGAAAAAUCAGCUGGAGCAUGUAGUGGAAAAAAUGUAUAUACAAAAGCAAUUUGGACUGUCAGAGAUGCUGUUGUCCUGUGAGGGGAGCUUUUCAGCCACUGUCCUGGAAGCAAGGACAGCUGUCCCAACCACAGCUCCUCGAUCACCCCAAUGGCGAGCAGAGCCACAUGUGGUGGUGACUCCUGUGGAGAAGGACCCACCCUGUGUGGAAAAGACUGUGAACCAUCAUCUGGAGGGGCCUAACGGACAAAAGCAGACAAAAGAGCUCUUCGGGCUACCAGGGAUCCUGGCUUGCAUGAAAAGAUCUUCAGACCCCGUCCUGGGACAAAAAGACUCCCAGACUGAGCCUGUCCACUCUGUGCCAGCAGCUAUUCUGAGAGUGGAACAAGGGAUGAAGCCUCAGGAGGAUGGGGACAGACCCCACCAGAAAAUGGAGUGUGGAGGAAGAGCCAGCGGCAGCAGCACGACCAGCAAGACGACCCUGCCUGGCACCAGCAAGAUGAACCAGGACCCUGGGGCAGUAGGGGAUUCCCCUUCCAUCCAGGCAGAGCAGGCGUGGCCACAGAGCAAGGGAGCUCCGCGGGGUCAAUCAGAUAAAAAGGGUGAGGGCCCCAGCAUCUCCACUACAGGGGACAUGGGGACACCAACAUCUCCAAGAAGAAGACCCCCACAGAGAAAACACAGCUCCAGUGAGGACAGACCCUCAGCUCUGCCACGGCCUCCACACCACAUUUGGAUUGCUCUUGAUAUGCCCCACAUACCAGAGGUCCUCGUAGCACCAAGAGACUGCCACAAAGCCAAAAAAAUUGCUAAAGAUCUGCAGAAGCAGGUGCAGGCUUCACAGCCGAAGCAGCUCCCAGACAAUGCAGGGCAAUCAUGGAUGGACCCUGCAGCAGAGGGCACCGGGGCCGUGCCACGCAGAAGACGUAGAAGGGCACGGAAGGACAAGGGCUGCUCCCAGGACGGACCCAUCUUUGCAAGACUCCGCCCUAAGUGCAUCAAAGCCCCAAACCACAAUCUGUCUGCCACUGAAAGCUCCCAGAAUUUGGCUCCGUCUGCAACUGCAGUCCCAGGUGCAGCUGGAGGAGAGACAGUGGGAGAGAAGAAACCAUCCGCAGACAGGGCCAAGGGGCAGCAGGGCCAGAAGAAUAUCACUGCCACCCAGCAGCCAGAGGGGCGCAGAGGAGUCAUAUCAAUCCCUGUAAUCGCACAAGGGAAGCUUCUGCAACAUUUUCCUGGCACCGGUAUCAUGAGCACACUGUGCUCAGAGAACCACAAAGAAGAUUGAAAUCCAGGAGCCCCCAUCCCCUGCCCUGUCUGGCCACACUCUUCCCCUUACUGGUCCAAGGUUCAGCAGGACCCAGCAGGGCACGGAGCCAGCAAGCAGCAGAUCCCUGCCAGCCCGACAAGGGAGCGGGGGCUCUCUCAAUAAAUGUGUCACUG